UCUGAACUUGCUUCUGGACACAACGCUGCUAAGCUCUCCUCUCUUAACGGGUCUACUAUCGGGGACUCAUCAUGUCUCGCCAGUCGUGUGGUCUCGGCAAGGGAUUCAGCUCCAGCUCUGCUUGCUUCGGAGGGGGGAGCAAAGUCACAUUCAGCUCUGUGUCCCGUGGAGGAUGUAGGGGAUCUUCUGGGAACGCUGGUGGCUUUGGUAGCAGGAGCCUCUAUAGCUUGGGAGGGAGUAAAAGUACUUCUCUGGGGGGAUUUGGUGGUGCUGGUGUUGUCUGUAGAGGAUUUGGGGUUGGUAGCCAAGGAGGCUUUGGCUUUGGUUUGGGUGCUGGCGGAAGAUUUGGUGGUGGUUAUGGUGGUGGCGCAGGAGGUGGUUUUGGCGGAGGCCUUGGUGGUGGCUUUGGUGGCUUUGGUUGUGGUGUUGGGGGGUUCGAUGGGAGGGGAGGUCCCAGCUUUCCUGUUUGCCCGCCUGGUGGCAUCAAGGAAGUGACCAUCAAUCAGAGCCUGCUGACCCCACUUAACGUUGAAAUCAAUCCUGAGAUCCAGAAGGUGCGAGCACAGGAGCGGGAGCAGAUGAAGACCCUCAACAACAAAUUUGCCUCCUUCAUCGACAAGGUCCGAUUCCUAGAACAGCAGAAUAAAGUCCUGGAGACCAAGUGGAAACUCCUGCAAGAACAAGGCCAUGGCACAGGUCCUAACAGCAGGAACGUUGACCAGUUUUUUGAAGCCUAUAUCAAUGGGUUGAGGAAGCAGCUGGAUGGCCUCUCAAAUGAGAAGCAUCAGCUAGAGGCAGAGCUGAAGAACUUCCAAGAUCUGGUGGAGGAUUUCAAGACCAAGUAUGAAGAGGAAAUAAACAGAAGGACAGCUGCAGAGAACGAUUUUGUGCUCCUAAAAAAGGAUGUGGAUGGAGUCCAUAUGAACAAGGUCGAACUUCAGGCACAUCUGGAUGCUCUGGCAGAUGAGAUUAACUUCUUGAAAUGUCUUUAUGAACUGGAACUGUCCCAGAUGCAGCAGCAAGUAUCUGACACUUCUGUGGUUCUGUCCAUGGACAAUAAUCGAAAACUGGACCUUGACAGCAUCAUUGCAGAGGUCAAAGCACAGUAUGAGGAGAUCGCCAACAGGAGCCGAGCGGAGGCUGAAUCUUGGUACCAGUGCAAGUAUGAAGAGCUGCAGGCUACAGCAGGAAAACACGGGGACAGUCUUAGGGACACAAAGACUGAGAUCUCUGAGCUCAACCGCAUGAUCCAGAGGAUACGGGCUGAGAUUGAGAAUGUGAAGAAACAGUGUGAAACUCUGCAAGCAUCUAUAGCGGAUGCUGAAGAACGUGGGGAGCUGGCCCUCAAGGAUGCCAGGGCAAAACUGACUGAGCUGGAAACAGCCCUGCAGAAAGCCAAGGCAGAUCUGGCCCGUCAGCUCCGGGAAUACCAGGAACUCAUGAAUGUCAAGCUGGCCCUGGACAUUGAGAUUGCUACCUACAGGAAGCUGCUGGAGGGAGAGGAGUGCAGGAUGUCUGGGGAGUGUCAGAGUGCUGUGAGCAUCUCUGUGGUGGGUGGAAGCAGUGCUGUGGGAGGCGGACUCGGCGCCGGGCUGUGCCUUGGAGGAGGAAGAAGCGGAGGAAUUGGAUUUGGAGGUGGCAGAGGCAGCUGUAACUUAGGCAGUGGUGGCUUCGGCUCCAGUGGGGGGUACAGCUUAGGAGGAGGGGGCUUUGGCUCAGGGGCAGGAGUCUGCUCUGUCGUUGGAGGGUCUGGCUCAGGAGUAGGAUCUGGCACCGUCCUGAAAACUACCACCUCUGUGUCGUCGAGCUCCGUGAGCCGGAGAGCCUAGGAAAGAGAGCUAUCUCACCCCUCCCUGGCACCCGAAGGAGAAAGGAGCCAGCUGGCUUGGUGACCAUUGCUACCCAUCCAUCACCAAGGUGACGACCAUCUAUUUUGGUUUAAACCAAACAUCAUCAUCCUUUAGCAACCGCACAGAAAAGUAAAACAAGGCAACUUGCUAAUGACUGAGAUUCUCAGAGUUUGGGGUUUUAUUUGCCUUCUUCCACAAUGGCUUCCCACUUCCCACGCUCCCCUUGAAGCACUGCAAAAAUGCUGAUUUAUCACAGUGUUGAGCACAGUCAUCUGAAAAGCAGGACCCGCCUGAGCACUGGAAACCCCCAAACACAACUGGGAUAAUGGUCUAAAGCACUGUGGGCCAAAUGAGAAACGUUCCACCAGUGACAGGUAGACGGGACUGGUCCACAUGCUGCUACCAAGAAAACUUCAAAGAACUCUUGUUCUAUAAAGUCUACACAACGACUUGACUUUUAAAGUCUUGUGCUGGAUCCAGAUGUGGUGCAAUUGUAAUCGGCUAUACAUCAGCCAAGGCUCUGACUCCAAAACAAGAAUUUCCUAAUGCUGAUGAGUCCCAGCUGAAAAGAUGUCCUACCCCGCUGCAAUUUUGUCUAUACAAGAUACUAGUAGUUUCUCUAAUUUUCUUUAGAAGCAAUUGUAAAAUGUUCAGUUUUGUUCUGGCUUUACUUUUUCAUUGUGAUCAUGGGAAUAUUUGUGCUUGUUUGCUUAAGUCUUUCUCCUUUGGCAGAAGGCAUUUCCUAUUAAACACUAGAGGCAGUGA